UCCAGUCGGCUUCGGGGGCGGGGCGGCGGUGGGAGUGCGCCCGCCUUUCCCGGGCGAGGGGCGGUUGUUGGUUACGCAUAAGCAGCUCCCCAGGGCCCGCCCGGAGCCAGCCCCGGCAGCGGCGCCCUCCCACUCCCGGGCACCCCUUGGACGGGGGCUGCAGUGGUGCAGGUAGCGGACCUGAGGUGCAGCUGACCAGGGCCCGAGAAGAGCCUGACCGAGUCGGGGCCCAGCACGAAGCCCUGCCCCGGCCGUCGGGCUCAGGGUUCCCGCCCGCCGAUCUCCAGCCAUCAGAGUCGCGCUACUCGCUGGAGGCCCUGAGCUCCGUGUCCCCCCAAGCCCCGGGCCUCUUGCGGGAAUGUUCAAAAAUGAGUACCAGGGAGGUGCAUUUGUUGAAAUCUUUAGUGCUCAGGGGAAAAAUCCUGGAGCAAAAUGGAAGAUACUUGGCACUCCAUCUGUGAUUUGGAAAGAGUUUGAUAAAGAAGUUAAAAGCUUUGUGUUUGUCCUGGAAGGCAGCAGUCAAACAAAUAAAAUUCAGUUACCAAAGGAGAAUAAGCAAAUCCUUGGCCUGAUCCAGAGGUUUCUUGUACUUCAGAUUUACAUACCCCUGGGACAAGACUUCUCCACUGAAUUGCUAAUUACUGAUUUAGGGAACAUUAAAAGAAGACUGUAUUUAUCAACGGUCCAUAAGGAAUUAUCCUCAACCCCUCUUCAUGCAAAAAUCCCACUCUUCAUGAUCAAGCGCAAAAUUUGGUGCAACCUGUGCAUUGACUUGGUGGCAUUUACCAGUGAAAUAUUCAAGGGAGCAGUUUUCCAGUCAUUAGAUGGAAUUAUUGUCUCUGCUAACUGUAAACUACGGAAAAUCUUCACUUUAAAAUACAAGCCUCAGGACACUGCUGAGAAAGAAGCUGGAUACGGUGUUCCCUUUCCAACAGAUGAACCUACAGACGUUAUUCCCCGAAGCUGCCAGCUAACGACAGAUGUUCCACAAGUCACACAGCUGCUAAACAUGACUAAACUCCGCCAAACUGAAAUCAAAUUUGGGGGUCAUCCUCUGCGUUCGGCAGAAUCAGAUCAGUUCAUUAACAGAGGAGCAGGAAGUGUGCGAAACAGUAGACAUCAAGAUGUUUGUCAUAUUGCCUUUGGAUCCAAAGUCCUCGGACCACCUCCGCUCUCUGGCAGGAGAACGAACAUGAGGCUAUCCAGUGAGACAGUAAGAUCCAUUGGAUCCAAACCUAACCGAUCGUGCCUGAAGUCUGCAGUAGAGAACUGUGUUAACAGUGCAGAAAUGUCAGCCUUGCUGCCAUCGGAGUCUGAGGAGCAAGGACAUAAAGAAAAUGUUCACCAAGUAAAGCAGACUGUACCUAUUUGUGCCAAUCUGCAUAUUAUGCAUCCACAUCCCCCUCAAGAACCAUCAGCAGAUAAGAAUAAUAAUAGGAGAAGAUUACGAUUAAAAAGCACCAGCAGAGAGAAGACAGAGCCACACAGCGAUAGUUCUUCAGGAAAUAACAGGAAUGAAGAUAAAGCAACAGCUGCCCUCACCUCUGUGUCCCAACAAAGAGCAGAGAGGUUGAAUCCAAGCUCUCCAGCACCCCAGUCUCCUGAUCAAGCAGAUGAGUGGAUAUUUCCUGCAAAUGAUGGCCACAAUCCCCAUUUGGUGUCCAGCAGUCAGUCUCCACUUAUGGAUGAUGAAUCCUGCCACACCUCGCACCUGUGGCUAGAAGCCAGCAAGGACCAGCAGGCAGAGGAAAGCCAGAUUGGCCCAAAGGGCAUUUUCACUUUUUCAUCAAGACCUCGGUCAGCACCUCAUGGAAAGACUCAGAGUAUGUCCCCAGAAGGGUGCCCAUUUAUUUUGCAGCUACAGGAGGAUACUAGUGUGACCAGGAGAGACACCCAAUUGGAGGAUCGUUUUUACGGCGGUGACAGCAGCAAAGAGGGUGACCACAGUGGCCAGGGCUCUUCAGGCCCACCAUCUGGUCCUUCAGGGCUGGCUCCGGUAACCGGAGAGAGCAUGCUGGGGAAGGCUGCAGGGCGGACAGAUCAAGGACAUCUAAAAAGUGCCUAUGCAGGACCAGGAGCACCAGAAAGCCAGAACUGCUUGGCGAAGCAGAUAGAAAAAAAAGACUUUGAAACGAAUUUGAUGCCUACACCUUGCCUUUCUCCCCCUGGAAGAAGGAGUGAGCCCUGUCAGAAAACUCCAGAUCCCAUUGUCAAAGCGGAGGACCGGCCAGCCCAUCAAGUGCCAGCAUCACUAAAGAAAACCUCCCUAAAGGAAGUCUCGGGGGAAAAGUUGAACCCAGUUCCUGAAGUAUGUGAAUAUGACUGGAGAAACUAUCAACCCGGCCAGAUGAGUGAAUCUGAGUUGCAGAUGCUGGCAAGCCUCCGGCGGCAACAGAAUGAAGAACUGGAGGACAUAGGGGCCUCACACGGCCUGAGUGCAUCACAGGUUGACAACUGUAAUGUCAGUAUAAGUACCAGCAGCGAUGACACAACCACCUGGAACUCCUGCCUGCCACCGCCUGUCAACCAGGGUCGGCACUAUCAGAAAGAAAUGAAUCCACCUUCUCCUUCCAACCCCCGGGACUGGUUAAAUAUGCUGAGCCCACCUAUUGUUCCUCCCAGUCAGCAGUCAGCAGAGCAGCGUCCAGAUUCUUCUGGAAGUUUGAGUGCUCAAGGUGAAGAGGACCUGAGUGGGGAAGAGGACGAGGAGGUGCUGACUCUGCUGUACGACCCGUGUCUGAACUGUUACUUUGAUCCCCAGACAGGGAAAUAUUACGAGCUGGUGUAAUCCCUCUUCCAGGACAAAGAGUGGCCACCCCAGGCGGAGCAGGAUAGCGCUUCUGACUCCGUUAAAUGGCACCACAGUAUGUGUCAGGCAGGUCCGAGGACUCCAAAGUAACCAAGAGAAAUGAAGUUACUUUGUAUGUAAUGUUCAACGUUAAGAAUACCUACAUUCUUUUUGUAGAUGCAUGUAAUUUUUUUGAGCUGUGAAGGAAUUAAUAGACAACAGUUUGGGACUUUGAAUUGGUUCAUAUUUGUUGGUUUUCAUCCUGCUUAUAAUUUUGUUUGUUUCAUAUAAUCUUAUGUACACAAAUUAAGAGUUAAUCAAUUUUUGCAGUGUUAAUCUGUAAAUGAUGGCUUGACAUACAGAAAAUGUAUUCUUGUUUAAAAGAUACCUGGGUACCUUUUAUUUUAUUACCUAUCUGUAUUAAAAAUAAAGCAUGAUGAUCAGAA